AUGCCAAUGCUAAUACUCAGAGCAUUAGUUCCUAAUCCUCUUGCUUCUUACUUUCUUGUUGGCGGCUUCGGAGGUCUCAGUAAAGCUUUGGCGGUUUGGCUAGUGGAAUGCAGGGCCAAGCAUCUGGUGUUUCUCUCAAGGAGCGGCAUGGCAGAGAGCAAGUUCUCUGCAGAACUUGGAGCCAUGGGAUGUAGUGUCAUUACAGUCAAGGGGAGCGUCAACAAUCUGGAGGAUGUCGAAGAUGCCAUCAAAAAGGCCCCCUGUCCCAUCAGAGGUGUCUUUCACUUUUUCAUGGUGCAAAUGGACUCUCCUCUUCUGGAUAUGACGUGGAAAUAUUGGAAGGAUGCUAGCGAGCCCAAAGUGAAUGGUACCCUGGAACCUUCACCGAGCGCUUCAUGGCCAGCCACUGGAUCACUUCUGGGCAACUACAAAGCUGGAUGCACAUUCAUCGAAUCAUUUUGCCAGAAUAGACACUCUCUCGGUCUUCCCGCAUUUGUACUCUCAAUACGUAGUAUCGAAGACAUCGGAUACUUGGCAGAGAAUCCGUCAUCACUUCUCAGCUCUAAACGCCAGGGCCUCCACCAUGUGAGAGAAAAGGAGUUCCUCGAAAGUGUAGAGGCUUCACCGUUUAUCUCGACACCAGGCGGCCGGAGCUCUACCAGCGAUAGUUUCGAGAAUCUCUCGUCAGGUGAGCUGUCGCCAUGGAAGAACAAUGGCCAUAUUAUUAUGGGCUUGAGAUCUCAUCUUCACUUCGACGAUCCCAAGAAUCCUACCAAUUGGCGUCGUGAUCGUCGAUUGGGCGCAUAUCACAACCUUUCAACAGGAGACCAAGCCGACACGCGAGGCGAUAGUAGUCAACUCAAGUUCUUUCUCUAG